AUCGAGGGCAAGAAGAUCAAGCUGCAGGGACACGGCGGGACAGGAGCGCUUCAAGACCAUCACCACGGCCUAUUACCGCGGAGCCAUGGGCAUCAUCUUGGUGUACGACAUCACGGACGAGAAGUCCUUCGAGAACAUCCAGAACUGGAUGAAGAGCAUCAAGGAGAACGCGUCCGCCGGCGUCGAGCGGCUCCUCAUCGGCAACAAGUGCGACAUGGAGAGCAAGCGCAAGGUGCAGCGGGACGACGCCGAGAAGCUGGCCAGGGAGCACGGGAUCCGCUUCUUCGAGACCAGCGCCAAGUCCAGCGUCAACGUGGAAGAGGCCUUCCGCACGCUGGCGCGGGACAUCCUGCUGAAAAGCGCCCGGAAAGCAGGCCAGAGCACCAAGGCGCCGCUGGAGCUGGGCUCGCAGCGCAAGGGCGGCUCCAAGUGCUCCGUGGCCUGAGAGCCGC